AUGGGAGUAAAAGGUCUGCAGUAUUUCAUGGAGCGCUGCUGUCCAGAGUCCUGCGUCACUGUCAAUUUGAAAGAGAUAGCCAUGCAACAUGUUUCGAAAACAUCAGACAACUCUUCCACCUGUCCUACACUCGUUGUGGAUGGAAUGGCCUGUUUACGCCACUGGUACUCUUGUAAAGACUGGGUAUGUGGGGGUCAGUGGAAAGAGUAUAUGAGCAUCCUGAGGAGGUGGGUGGAAACGUUCACCUCUGCAGGAAUUCAUCUGGUGUUCUUCUUUGAUGGCAUGGUUGAGGAGAAUAAGAGACAUGAAUGGGUGAAGCGAAGAAGACGAGUGAACGGGGAAGUGUCUAAAAUCUUUCGUUACAUUAAGUUACAUAGAGCUCAACCAGGCAAAGAUCUCUUUAGCCUGCCAUCUGGCUUGGCAACAUUCACACGCUUCGCUCUCAGAACGUUAGGUCAGGAUGUAUUUUGCUCAGUACAGGAGGCUGACUAUGAGAUUGCCUGUUAUGCUCAUCGCCAUGGAUGCAUGGGAAUUUUGGGACAAGACUCAGACUUCAUCAUUUACGACAGUGUUCAUUACUUCUCAGUUGCAAAACUACACUUGGAUCGCCUCACCACCGUCCUAUAUGAUCAAGAGAGGCUUUGUCGAGCCAUUGAAUUGGACGUUUCUCAGUUACCGCUACUUGCUUGUCUCCUCGGUAACGAUGUGGUGCCAGAAAAGUGCAUGCAGGUUAUCAGGAACAAUGCCAUGGAAGCAUACAGGAAAUCAUAUGAUACAGCUCACUCUGGAGCUCCCCAGGGGCAAAUGGUGUUAGCUGUAUCCCAGUAUGUCAACUCCUUGUGGGGUAGGGAUAAAGAACAGACUGGGCUUAUCCCCCAGGCCCUGAAACUACCAGCUGCAAAUAGAAAGCUCCUGGAAAAAGGGAUUUGCUCCUAUUUACUAGCUGGACCAGAAGCUCGUCCGAAGGAUGCCCAAUCUCCUAUACCCUCUACAUUUAAGAAAGAUUUCAGUCCAGAAAUAUUAAAGGCUUGUAGAGAAAGGCAUGUGUCAGCAGAGGGUUUCAUGGUUUACAAUGUCCUAUGUGAAGGAGUGGUUGAAUGCAGUAAUAGUCUGGAGGAUGAAGAGGAUCAUGAACUUUUGCCUCAGGCGUUUGUUUUUAAGUCCUGCAGACAACGCAUCUACGGUCUGCUACUGCUCAACAAACGUUAUGAUAACACUGUGGAACCUCCAGCCAUCAGAGAGUGGUUUGUCUAUCCAGGCAACCCUUUGAAGGAGCCUGACAUGGUCCUCCCAGUUCCACUUGACAACCCAUGUGAACAACCAAGUCUGGAGUUACUCUGGUUCAGUUCUGGGCCUGACGUUUCCACGAUCCGUCUGAUGAGCUUUUUAUCUAUAUUUGACUGCCAGGAAUUUGCCAACUUGUACGGCGUUAUUGAAGACUCUCUCUUGGUUGCUCUUUGUCUAAUCACCUAUAUUGCACUCCAGGUACCAUCUCUAUGUUCAGAGGAUGUGGACGCUUACCUGAGUCAGGCUGUGUGUCUAAGGCUGAAAUCUCUGCAAGAACUUCAACAAAUCAAGUUGCCAUUCCUCUGCAGUCGAGCGGUCCAACUGGGCUCUCUCUAUGUCCGGGGACUGAGCUACAUGCUGGGGGCCAACUGUGCUAGCGGCUGCCCGCUACCCAACACCGCUCUAAUGCCUUGGCAAAGUUUCGAUGGACAGUUCUUCCACUCAAAGUACCUGCUGGCACAUCGUGGCACAGACCAAAUGUUGCUACUGGACAAAAAUGCAGCCAGUCUGGCCUUGUUUCUCCAGCUCAGAGAGAAGCAUGUAGAAGUUUGCAAGAAGAAAAACAGAGUCUUACAGUCCCGAUCCAGAACUAGCGAACUUGAAAAGAGUUAUACUACCUGUUACGGAGAUGGACACACAGAUGGUGGUGACAACUGGCAGGACACUGGUGAGACGUCAGCAGGAAGAUGGAGGAGGGAGAGUAAUCAGCUAAAUUUUGGAUACAGCGGAGCAAAUCUACACAGAGAAAGAAAAGGGGGGAGCCAAUAUUCCCACCCUCGCUUUCAUCCUCCAUCUUCGAGUCGAUGGCGUCCCAGUAGAGGGCAAUACCAGCGGGCUCCCAGAUGGUGUCAGCCUCCAGGAACCUAA